GUUCUGUCGUACGAUAUUAAAAGAUCAUAACUUGACAACUCAACAGUCUUUCUACCAACUCGCACCAAAGAAACCAUUUCUCCCGUCUGCAGUAUGGCAUAAUGCAGUAAGAGGCAUGUUUAUUCAAACUCAGGACACACCAAAUCCAAAUAGUUUGAAGUUUAUUCCAGGGAAGGAAGUGCUGGAGUCAAGGACUAUGGAGUUUUCCACACCAGCUGCAGCGUUUUGCUCACCUUUAGCAAGACAGUUAUUCAGAAUUGAAGGAGUUAAAAGUAUUUUCUUUGGACCAGACUUCAUCACAAUCACCAAGGAGAGUGAGGACCUGGAUUGGAACUUACUGAAACCAGAUAUUUAUGCAACUAUAAUGGAUUUCUUUGCCUCCGGCUUACCUGUAGUUACUGACGAGGCACCUAGGACAGAUACAGCUGCAUCAGAAGAGGAUGAUGAAGUUGUACUGAUGAUUAAAGAACUGCUGGAUACAAGAAUAAGGCCAACAGUGCAAGAAGAUGGUGGUGAUGUUAUUUAUAAAGGCUUUGAGGAUGGGAUUGUGCAGCUGAAGUUGCAGGGUGCGUGCACGAGCUGUCCCAGUUCUAUCAUCACCCUGAAGAAUGGGAUACAGAACAUGCUUCAAUUCUACAUCCCUGAAGUAGAAGGCGUGGAACAGGUUGUUGACGACGAUGAUGACGUGGAGAAAGAAGCAAAUUCUACUUGAGCUAGCAUCUUCUGUGGCCAAAUAAGUACUUACCUCUUGGUGUACCUAAACUAUCUUAGUGCUGAGGAACAACCAAACUUGCCUUUCUUUUCAGAAAAAUAGUUGCACUUUUAUCUGUGAAAACGUAUCAUCAGUUUAAGCAGUUUGUCCACUAAUUUAUUAAAUGCCCUGCAUUCAAAAA